AUGGCCGGAAGAGGCAAAAGGCUUUUGGAGAAUCUCCAGAAAGUGAAGGAAACGACCGAUGAUAAGCCGGAGGGCGGAGAUAAGGCUAGCGGUGCGUCCGCUCCCAUCCCCGUUGUGCCGACUGUCGGUCGCGGAAGAGGCAAAUUCCUGUCCAAUUUGCCGCCACCCGUCGGACGCACACAAUCGCCGCCGCGAACCGAGUCGUCCUCCAGUUCGUCGUCGGGACAGCCGUCGCCUUCGGGUCCGGUCGGGUCUCCACCCGAAGGAGGAAUCGCUAGUCUGACUAUCGAUGACGACGAACCCGUCCGUAUGGCUCCGCAAGAGCCCGACUCUAUCGCCAACAAACAGCGCGGAACUGAUGGCAAUUCCAUUAAUUUGAUUCUCAAUUACAUCAAACUGAAGAAAGAGAGCCAGAGCAUUGGGAUCUUUGAAUAUCACAUCUAUUUCAAGCCUCAAAUCGAUUCGCGACAGUUGAGGGCAAAGAUCUUAAAGCAGACAGAAGUGGCCGAAAAGAUAGGACCCGUCUAUCAGUUCACGGGAAUGAAUCUCUUUCUCAAUCACAAAGUGGAGGACCAGACCAUUGACACGACGACACCGAUCGACGGGUCGGCCAUCAAAGUGGAGCUGCAGUUCGUGAAGAUCCCGCCCGCGAAUGAAUUGAUGCCGUUUUACAACACAAUUAUACGGAAGAUAUUUCGCGCCUUAAAACUGGUGCAAAUCCAGCGCCACUAUUACGACCCGUUGGCCAAAAUAGAGGUCCCGCAGCAUAAGCUGGAGAUAUGGCCCGGUUGGGCGCAGGCCGUGCAAGAACUCGAUGACGGACUGCUGCUGGUCUGCGACGCUUCCCAUCGACUGCUUCGCACGUCGACCGCCAGAGAUGUGCUCCAAGACCUGUUCAGAACUCCCGAUGGAAAGCAGCGCUUCAAAGAGUACGCCCAGAAACGACUGGUUGGCUGUAUUGUGUUGACCCGUUAUAACAACAAACCCUAUCGCGUGGAUGACAUCGACUUCUCGCAGAAUCCAAUGUCCACUUUUGAUUGGAACGGAACUCCAGUCACUUAUGUUGAGUACUUCAAGAAGUCGUGGCAGGUGGACAUCAAAGACCUGAAGCAGCCAUUGCUGGUCCACAGACCCAAACCUCGCAGAGGAGAAGAGGCGUCAGAUAUGCAGAUGAUAUGUCUCAUCCCAGAGAUCUGUUAUAUGACUGGUCUGACUGACGACAUACGUGCGGACAACCGAGUGAUGCGAGACAUCGCAUCGCAUACACGUAUCAAACCGACCAUAAGAAUGGCUAAACUCCAAGAGUUUAUAGACAAUGUCCGCAACAAUCCAAAUGCCCGAAAGUUUUUAACCGAUUGGGGUUUGGAUAUGGACGACAAGCCAUACCACACUCAGGGCCGCACUAUGAUGGCCGACAAGAUCGUGUUGGGCAACGGGCAUACGGUGCCCGUCGGACCCAAGGCUGACUGGGCCCGCGAUGCCACUAAUAACGCUCUCUUCCACACAAUCAAUAUCAACAAAUGGGUGAUUGUGUUCACACAGAGAGACGCCGCCAAAGUGGACGAAUUUGUCAAGACAUUGAAGGCCGUCACCCGAAUGAUGGGCUUUACGUUCGGCGAUCCCGACAAACUCGUGGCCAACAAUGAUAUGCCCGCGAGUUAUAUCAAUGCCAUCAAAGGUGCCAACGUAUCGCAGGCACAGAUCAUAGUCUGCAUGACUCCGGGAUCUUCUCAACGCGAGGACCGCUACAACGCAAUCAAACGAUUGUGUUAUUGUGAGCUCGGAAUGCCUAACCAAGUGGUCAGAGCCAACACAUUGUCCGACGCGAAGAUGCGCUCCGUUUGUCAGAAGAUCGCAAUCCAGAUGUCGUGCAAAGUCGGUGGUCAGCCGUGGGCUCUACCGAUUCCCUUCAAGUCGUGUAUGAUUGUAGGCAUUGAUGUCUAUCACGACCCGACACAGAAGGGAAAGUCGUGCGUCGGAAUGGUUGCGUCCGUCAAUCAGGCGGUCAGCCAAUGGUAUUCGCGCGUAUUCUUCCAGAACGCGCACACAGAGAUCGUCAAUACCAUUGAGUCGGGAAUUGUUGCGUGCCUUAAGAAGUUCUAUGAGGUGAACAACAGUCUCCCGCAGCGAAUCUUCGUCUAUAGGGACGGUGUCAGUGACGGACAGUUACACACCGUCUAUAACUUUGAAGUUCAGCAACUGAUGAAUUCAGUGCUCGACUUUGGCAAAGCGUUCAACAAUUACGAGCCACAGGUGUCGUACGUUGUCGUCCAGAAGCGCAUUAACGCCAAACUGAUGAUGAAGAGGGGCUCAGAGCUGGACAACCCUCCGCCCGGCUCUGUCGUCGACCACAGCAUCACUCGAACCAAUUAUUACGACUUCUAUUUGAUCUCUCAAUUUGUCACUCAGGGAACUGUCACUCCCACCCAUUAUAUAGUGGUCUACGACACCAAUCAGAUGCCUCCCGACCGCAUGCAAAAGUUGUCAUACAAAAUGACACAUUUGUAUUACAAUUGGAUCGGCACUAUUCGAGUGCCCGCUCCCUGUCAGUACGCCCAUAAGGCCGCAUAUAUGGUCGGACAGGUGCUCAAGAAGUCACCGCCGGAAUCGUUGGCAUCAAAUCCUUAUUAUCUCUAAAGAUUGUCGAAACAAUAUUUACUUAUUUUUUGUCAUUUCGUAUUUCGUUAUUAAUAACAAUGAUUUACUUCUCAAAUUAUUUUGUAUUUUUGUCAACUCAAACACCACUUGUGUUCCUAUAAUACAGUCAAUUAUUUAACCACAAUUCAGCCAUGAAUAAUGUGGUCUAUUUUUUUUAUUGAUUUUUACUGAAAAUACGGACAUUUAUUGCAUUCAUAAUUAUUGUGUU